AUGGACUUUCUCAAAUCCGCCGUCGCUUCUGCCAUCGCCAAAUCCAGCUCCUUUCCAGUCACCAUUGGAGACCGUAUUGAUUUCGGAGACUCUAUUUGGAUCCUACACAAUGCGAUCAAGAAGGACGACAACUCGCCGUGCUGCCUGUUCAACUUCGAUAUUCAUGCCAACAAGGCUCUGCUGCCCCUAGCCAAAAAUGCCGCCCGAAAACUGCGGACGAUACGACACCCCGGAGUGAUACGGGUGAUCGAUGUGAUCGAAAACGAGACAAACAUCUACAUCAUCACGGAGAAAGUCACUCCGUUGGCCUGGCAUAUCAGGCGCAAGAGCCUGAGUGAAGAGACUAUAAAAUGGGGAUUGUACAGUGUUUCUUCUACACUGAAGUUCAUCAACAACGACGCCUCUUCUGUGCACGGUGCAGUACGCAUUACCUCAGUGUUCACGAGUGAGAGCGGCGAAUGGAAGCUGGGAGGGUUUGAAGUGCUGAGUUCUAUGAAUGACGACGAUGCGAUUAUUUACAACUAUGGAAGUUCCUUGCCAAACUCGAAUACUUAUGCCCCGCCCGAAGUGGUCAAUGGCGGCUGGUCCGCUAUCAAGAAGAAUCCCCUGGGGGCUCCGGACGCCUACGGUCUUGGGACUCUUGUGUACGAAGCAUUCAACGGGAGUUUCGUGAGCAGCGACAGCCUAGCACAGCCAAAGAGUAUAUCGGCCAAUAUGGUCCCGAGCUAUCGGCGGCUCAUAAAUGCAAAUCCGAAGCUGAGGCUGAAUGCUGGGCAGUUUGUCGAGCAGGGAAAGAAGGUCGGAGGAUUCUUUGAGACUCCGCUUAUUCACAUCACCGAAGGAGCUGAGAGUCUUGGGUUGAAGAACGAGGAGGAACGGAACGAGUUCCUGAAGGAACUCGACAGCCUCACGGAUGACUUCCCGGAAGAUUUCUUCAAGAUGAAAAUCCUGCCCGAGCUGUUGAAGUCUGUUGAAUUCGGUGGCGGAGGACCCAGUGUCUUUGGAGCAAUCAUGAAAAUCGGGUUGAAAAUGUCCGACGACGAAUUCGAAUCACGCCUUGGGCCACUCAUUAUCCGUCUCUUCAAUAGUGCAGACCGGGCCAUGAGAGUAUGUUUGUUGGAUAACCUACCACUAAUGAUUGAUCGAAUACCUCAAAAAGAUGUGAAUGGCAAAAUCUGGCCUGCCAUGACGACUGGCUUCACCGACACAGCACCAGUCGUCAGGGAACAGACAGUCAAGGCCGUCCUCUCAGUGAUAUCCAAGCUAUCGGACAGGAUCAUCAAUGGAGAGCUCCUUCGGUUCCUCGCCAAAACAGCCAAUGACGAUCAGCCAGGAAUCAGGACUAACACCACGAUAUGCCUCGGGAAGAUUGCAAGAAAUCUAGGAGUUGGGUCACGGUCUAAGGUACUGAUUGCUGCGUUCGGCCGUUCUCUAAGAGAUCCUUUUGUACAUGCCCGAAGUGCAGCAUUGAUGGCCCUCAACGCCACAAUUGAUGUCUUCAGUGACGAUGAUUGCGCCACGAAAAUCUUGCCUGUCCUUUGCGUCAGUCUGGUCGACAAAGAAAAGAUAGUUCGUGACCAAGCCACCAAAGCAGUCGAUUCUUAUUUGGCGAGAGUUCGCAAAUAUGCAUCAUCUUUACCUGAAACGGCGCUUCCACCAGAGCCUGUCCCAGGAGCAGCCAAUGCCGCUGUUCCAGCGAGGAUCGGAAAUCAAAAUGACACCAGUUGGGCCGGUUGGGCAAUUUCCUCUUUCACAAACAAAAUGGCGGGGGCUAGAGGCGAGAUGGCUUCCACGGCGACGGCGAACGGAGCACCUUUGGCACAAACGCAAUCAAUGCCUGCUUCUGGACGCAACACACCCACCAUCAACGUUACAUCGGACAAACCGACAACUGGCCCAUCAAGAUCGCAAGCCUCGCAACCAGUGAAAAGCUCCGCACACGCGAUUGAGCCCGAAGCAGGUUGGGAGGAAGGGGACACGAUGGAUGCCUGGGGUACCAUAGAUGAUGAGGGAGAUAACUUCUUUGAUGCAUCACCCUCGCAACGUACAAACACGACCACCCCUGAACCUGCAGCUGCCUUUGAUGAUGGUGGCGAACCGGAUUUUGCUGGCUGGCUGGCUGCGCAGUCAAAAUCUAAAUCGCAGAAACCACUUCCAAAGGGCUUAUCCAAAGGUACUUCCGCAGCUUCAACGCUCAAUGUCCGUCCUGCGGGCCCAGCGAGAAGUGUUUCUGCGGGUGUUGGGACAACUGGGGCGAAUGCGAAGAGACCGGCCAUUUCGAGUACAAGGACGACACCCCCUGUAGCUGCAAAGAAAGAGAUCAAGAAAGAGGCACCCAAGCCUAAAGAGCCUGACAUCAAUGAUGAUGACUGGGGCGAGGCCUGGGAAUGA